UUGUGACGUCAGUCAGGUCUGUCCGCGCUGCCGUUGAUAACAGUUAGCAGCUAGAGAACAGUUAGCAUUUAGCAGCUAAUACAACGAGCGGCUCUUUGUUCUCAGUUCAAAGAUUCAGUUUAUAAAACUUGACGUCACAAAGAGAAACUUGUGUUUCCGCAGCGCUGAGUUAAUUCUUAUUAGAGUACAGGUUAGCCUAGCAUCGUUAGCCUAACAUCAACAUGCAGGACCUGCUAGCCAACGUGGACCACAUCAAGUUUGAUCUGGAGUUCGCGGUGAAGCAGCAGCUCGGCGCGCAGCCUCUUCCUUUCCCCGGGAUGGACAAGUCUGGAUCUGCUGUGUGCGAGUUCUUCAUGAGAGCUGCCUGCGUGAAAGGUGGGAUGUGUCCGUUCAGACACAUCAGCGGGGAGAAGACGGUGGUGUGUAAACACUGGCUCAGAGGAUUGUGUAAGAAAGGAGAUCAAUGUGAGUUCCUCCACGAGUACGACAUGACCAAGAUGCCCGAGUGUUACUUCUACUCCAAGUUCGGUGAGUGCAGUAACAAAGAGUGUCCCUUCCUGCACAUCGAUCCUGAGUCAAAGAUCAAAGACUGUCCGUGGUACGAUCGAGGUUUCUGUAAACACGGUCCUGACUGCAGACACCGACACACCCGCAGAGUGAUCUGUGUCAACUACCUGGUGGGUUUCUGUCCUGAGGGGAAGUCCUGUAAAUUCAUGCAUCCUCGCUUCGAGCUGCCGAUGGGAGCGUCUGAGCAGCCUCCUCUCCCUCAGCAAACCCAGAAUAUGGCGAAGCCAGUUCCCACCAUCGGACGCUCGUCCCUCUCUCUAAUCCAGCUCACCAACUCCAGUCCAGGUAUGAGACCUCAGAAUCACACACCUAUGGGAGGAGGUCCGCAGAACAGCAUGAUGGGAAACAGAGGGCCACGCCCACUGGACCAGGUCACCUGCUACAAGUGCGGAGAGAAAGGUCACUAUGCCAACAAAUGCACCAAAGGUCACCUGGCCUUCCUGAGUGGACAGUGACCUUCAGCUGUGAUGUCAUCGUGUCUCUGCAGCGCCACCCUCAGGUGAGCAGAGGAAUCCUCUUCUGUACUGAGGCUGGACUGAAACAAAGACUUUGACUUGGAGUCACUUUGAGGUAACCGCUCUGUACCAGGAUGGACAACAUCAUCAGUGACAUCAUCAGUGACAUCAUCAGAGACUCCAGUGCAGUGUGUAAAUAAAACAGAAGAAAUGUAAAUAAAAGCUGUUUGUACUCUGAAGAAA